AUGAUCACACCCGCCCUAUAUGAAACUCUGGACCCGGAGGAGCGCAAACUGUGGCAUAGUCAUGUUUAUGAAGUCAAGUCGGGAAUGUUGGUUAUGCCGCAGGUUCGCAUGCCGAACGCCGCUUGGGAAUCGACCGAGAACAAGGAAAUGGAGCAGUUGAUCAAGCUCUACGGUAAGACUUACCAUUUGUGGCAAAUCGAUCGCGGUGACAAGCUACCCAUCGGUCGGCCUGAGCUCAUGGCUAGCUAUACGGCCGAUGGACAACUCGAGGCCGAACUCCUUCGGCAGAGAGAUUCAAAGUUUGGUAUCGAUCGCGAGCAGAAGAAGAAAUCCCGGGAUUACAUUCCGGAACCGGUGAUUCAUCCAGAUGCCGAUCACGCGUGGAAGGGGAUGUCCUCAUAA